CAAACACAUCAAAACUGUAAAGAUAACAUUUUUCUUUCUUCUUUUCAAAAUUCAGAUAAAUAUAUAACCAAAGAACAAUGAACUAAAAUCAAAAUAUUUUUCCUCUUUUAUACUUGACAGAAAUCAUGGCUUUUCUGCCUUCAGUUAUAGUAGGCAGCACCCUUAAGCUCGAACCUGAUUUCAAGAAACCUACACUCGCUUCUUUACCAUUAGAAAAGAGAAAUCAUAGUCCUAUGAUUUUGGAUAAAGCUUUGGACCCAUUCAAUCUUGACUUCAGAGAAGCACUUUCACUGAUAAAAGAAGGUGAAAAGAAAGUGGAAUCAGCUGCUUAUGUUCCACUAUUACAAGAAUGUAUCAAGAAUAAUUCAGUUUCAGAAGCUGAAGCAAUUCAUGCCCACAUAAUCAAAAUGGGUAUCCAUGAGGACUUGUUUCUCAUGACAUUCUUAGUUAAUGUGUAUGCGAAAUGUGGGACUAUGGAUUGUGCACGUAAGGUUUUCGAUAAUUUGCCUAAAAGAAAUGUUGUUACCUGGACAUCCUUGAUGUCUGGCUAUGUUCACAAUGCACAGCCGGAGGUAGCUAUUUCCGUGUUUCAGGAAAUGUUGGAAGUUGGUGGAUUUCCCACGAAUUAUACGUUAGGUGUUGCAUUCAAAGCUUGCUCUUUGUUGGCUGAUUUCGAGUUAGGAAAGCAGAUUCAUGGGUAUGUGGUAAAAUAUGAAAUUGAGGAUGAUACAAGUAUUGGCAAUGCUCUUUGUAGCUUGUAUUGCAAAAGCGGUAAUCUGGAAUCUGCUGUUAAAGCAUUUCGGAGGAUUUCUGAUAAGAAUGUGAUCUCUUGGACAACUGCUAUAUCUGCCUGCGGAGAUAAUGGGGAUUCUGCAAUGGGAUUAAGCCUUUUUGUUGAGAUGCUUUGCGCGAAUGUGGAGGCUAAUGAGUUCACAUUGACAAGCGUAAUGAGCAUGUGUUGCAUAAUGCAGGCUCUAAAGAUGGGAUCACAAAUUCAUUCUUUGAGCAUUAAACUAGGGUAUGGUUCUAAUUUACGAGUAAUGAAUUCAAUUAUGUACUUAUACUUGAAAAAUGGAUGGAUUAUAGAGGCAAAAAAGCUGUUUGAUGGAAUGGAGACAAUUAGUUUGGUUACAUGGAAUGCAAUGAUUGCAGGUCUAGCUCAAAUGAUGGAUCUUGCCGAGGAUGGUAUCAUCAAUGCGCAUUCCAGUGGUAUUGAGGCGCUGAACACUUUUCUGAGACUGCAUCGAUCAGGGAUGAAGCCUGAUUUAUUCACCUUCUCAAGUGUGUUAACUGUAUGUAGUAGUUUGGUUGCUUUGGAACAAGGGGAGCAAAUCCAUGCUCAGGUUAUUAAGUCCGGUUUUUUGUCUGAUGUUGUAGUGGGAACUGCCCUAGUUAACAUGUAUAGUAAAUGUGGAAGCAUUGACAGGGCAAGUAAAAUUUUUGUGGAGAUGUCUACGCGAACUUUGAUAUCUUGGACAUCUAUGAUUACUGCCUUCGCACAACAUGGCUACUCUAAACAAGCAUUACAGCUAUUUGAGGAUAUGAGGUUCGUAGGAGCUAGACCAAACAAGGUUACAUUUGUGGGCGUGCUCUCCGCAUGUAGCCAUGCUGGACUGGUUGAAGAGGCAUUGGCAUAUUUUGACAUGAUGAAAAAAGAGUAUAAAAUUAAGCCCGUGAUGGACCAUUAUGCAUGCUUGAUUGAUAUGUUUGUGAGGUUAGGUAGGAUAGAUGAAGCUUUUGACUUCGUAAAGAAGAUGGAUUUUGAGCCUAAUGAAUUUAUAUGGUCACUUUUAAUAGCGGGCUGUAGAAGCCAUGGGAAAUCAGAGCUCGGCUUUUAUGCUGCUGAACAACUACUAAACCUGAAUCCGAAAAAUUCAGAGGCUUACUUCUUGUUGUUAAACAUGUACCUCUCAACGGAGAGAUGGAAGGAUGUUUCCAAGGUGAGAAAGUUAAUGAAAGAUGAAAAAAUUGGAAAGCUAAAGGAUUGGAGCUGGAUCAGCAUCAGGGACAAAGUUCAUUCAUUUAGAACAGGUGAUCGGUUGAAUCCUCCAUAUGAAAAUAUAGACAAUUUCUUAAGGGAUUUGGAUGACAAAGCAAGUACUAUGGGAUUUGAGUUACAGACAACAUUGGAGCUGCGAACUGAAGAAGAUGAUGAAGCAGCUUUUCCUAGAGGUCGACACGGUGAGAAGUUGGCUGUUGCGUUUGGAUUGCUGAGCACACCAAGUGCUGCACCCAUCCGAGUUAUUAAGAGUAUUAGCAUGUGUAGAGAUUGUCACAGCUUUAUGAAAUUCAUCUCACAGCUAACUUCAAGAAAAAUCCUCAUUAGAGAUAGUAAAAGGCUGCACAAAUUUGUAAAUGGACAUUGUUCUUGUGGUGAUUUUGGUAGUCUUGUUUAAUUCUUUCUCAAAGCCUUGGCUUUCUUUACUUUCUUGAUUAUCAAUUUUCUUGUCAAGUUUCUGUUCUCUAAUUCCACGCAAUACCAUAAUGUCCUAAAGGUUCUUCAUUGACUGAUCAGUAGAUCAUGUAGCUUGUCAUAUGAAAGGAAAAUCAGAAAACAAAUAGUGGCUUAUAUUAA